AUGCCUAGCAAAUCUGAUUACGAUGAAGACGAACCAUCAAAAAGGAGAUCGUUUUCAAAAACUGAUGACGUAGAAUUUGAACCAAUCAACCCUCUACCGAGAGACAAAGAUAAAAUGUCGAUGAAAAACAUAAACUGUGAUGAUUUCUCCCGGUACGCUCUCAACUGCACCAUGGAGGCUGCUUUAGAGUACAAUUCUAGUAGGAAAGCACCACCUAUGCCCGCGAAAAUUAUCGAUUGGUGCAAAGCCAUAAGGCAUCUCACCAACUGUGCCAUUGACUGGAACUCGGAGUGCAGAGAAGUAACAGAGAGCCACUUCAAUGAGGAGAGCAUCAAGGGCCAUAUGCACGUUGUCGACAAUGUUUGUGACGACGAGUGGUUUUUGUCACUGCAAGAGCAGCGUUUCGUAGAUGUACUCUAG